ACACCAUCUGCUCUGCUCUCUCCCUCUGUCUUCCCUUCCUCCUUCCCAGGAACUCCAUUGCACUAUUUCCACCCCAAGAACACAGCACAGAGUCGGAUCCGAAUCCACAGGAGAGGCAGAAGCACAACUCACUCCCCACUCCCUCCACCCAUCAGCUAGCCAUGGGCAAGGACUGCGGCAAACACGGCGACGACGACCUCCGGCGCUCGUGCAGGCGCCUGCUAGCCACCAUCGUGGUCCUCGCGCUGACCGUGGGCGUCGUCGCGCUGAUCGUCUACCUGGUGCUCCGCCCCACGCACCCGCGCUUCUACCUGCAGGACGCGUCGCUCCGGCAGCUGGACCUCUCCAACGCCACCACCAGCACCAGCACCCUGCUCUCCACCGCGAUCCAGGUGACGCUAGCGUCGCGCAACCCGAACGAGCGCGUCGGGGUCUACUACGACCGCCUCGACGUGUACGCGUCGUACAAGUACCAGCAGCUCACGGUGGCGGCGUCGCUGCCGCCCGCGUACCAGGGCCACGGCGACGUCGGCGUCUGGUCGCCGGUGCUGGCCGGUCCCAACGUGCCCCUCGCGCCCUACCUCGCCGACGCGCUCCGCCAGGACUGCCAGGCGGGGUACCUCGUCCUCCAGGUCAAGGUCGACGGCCGCGUCCGCUGGAAGGUCGGCAGCUGGGUCUCGAACCACUACCACCUCUUCGUCACCUGCCCGGCCUUCCUCGUCACCGCCGGUGGCAACGGCGCGCCCGGGGCCGCCGGGUUCAGGUUCCAGACCACCACCUACUGCCACGUCGAGGUCUAGGUCUAGCCGGCCUCUUGCCUGUCUGUGCUGCUGUGUCGUCCGUACUCCGUAUACAAACAGAGGCCGCCGCCUGCGAAGGAAACAGAGAGACAAAGGCCUGCCUUGCGCCAUGUAUCAUGGGAUGGCUGCCUGUCUCCCUCGCUCUCUCUAAGCUAGCUGCACUGCCUGCAUGCUGCUGGUGUGCAUGUUAGUGCUGCAGUGAUGCGGAUGUAAAGGAUGGUAAAAAAUUUCUGCUUUUCUUCUUCUUUUCAGUAAGGUUCUCCUUUAACGUACGAUCAAUUAC